AUCAACUCGACAAAAGGAGAGAGGUCAAGGUAGAGAGAGAAAGGAAAAAGAGUGGAGGGAAGAGCAUCUGAGAAUGGGGGAAUUUAUCUGAAGAGGGGAGAAGAAAGAGGGAAGAAAAGAAAAGUCUUUUGCGAACAAAAAAGGGGGAAUUUUUUUCCUUAGGGAUUCAGCUAAUUUCCACAAAAGACUGAUUCUUGAUACCUAGUUGGUACCGGUUUUGCCAUUGGUGAAUCAUAGCACAUUUUGACCUCUUUCUAGCUACAAACACCACCCUUCAAUUUUCCUCUAUAUUUAGCGCGCUCCCUCCUCUCCAUCCACCUCUCUCUCCCUCCCCUUUCUCUCUCUUCUUGUGCUGUGCUAAUACUUCCAAAAAAGAUUUGCCUUUGUGCUUUAUUGCACCUCGCUAACAGUGUGUGUGUCUGUGUUUGGGCCCAAUCACAGUUUCACAUAUUCAUCAACCGCGUCCUUUCACGUUUGUUGUGUGUGUGAGAGAGAGAGAGAGAGAGAGCAGAGUUGGCAUUCUGAGGUCUGAAGGUUUGUGGGUGGAUUCUUGGUUUGCAUAUACAGUCAAGAAGCUAUGAUGAUGCAUGGUGAAACCAUAAGCAAUUCCGAAGGGGAGAUUAAAGUCAGUUUUGGCUAUCAUUGCAACGGUGAGAACGAUAGUUCUUGGGAUAGGCCUAAUUAUAUUGAUAUCCCGUCUUCUGGUGGGCUCAGAAGAGCCAAUAGUUCUUUCUCUUGCCUCUCCGGUGCUGCAUUGAGUGCUAAUGCUACGUUAGCUAACACAAAUAUUUGCAAUGGGCUGAUUGCCUCUGAGAUACUCCCGACUCUGGACUCUCCCAAUUCAUUCAGGAGGAUUCCAUCUCUAACAAAUAUGGACCUGCUCUCGUCUUCUCUCCAAAGCAACAUGUCGAUCCUGAGCUUAAGCCCGUCCUCACCAAGUGAGACGCUUGAUUAUGAGUCCUUUUCGCUCAAGUCCAUGAGCGCUCCUUCGAGAAGUGAAAGCUUUCUCAAUGCAAUGGAAUUGCAAAUUGCUGGAGGUGCAGCUGGCGAGGAUAGAGUUCAAGCUGUUUGCUCUGAAGAGAACGGUUGGCUUUUUUGUGGUAUCUAUGACGGCUUUAAUGGAAGGGAUGCAGCUGAUUUUCUGGCAGGAACGUUGUAUGAGACAAUCACUGCUCACCUCAACUUGCUAGAAUGGGAUCUGGAUCAGGGUUUGUCGAAAGGCGCUGAUGAAUGUUUCAAGCAGAGCGUGCUUAGCAGCCUUCAACGCGCGCUCAAUCAAGCGGAAAGUGAGUUUCUUUACAUGGUUGAACAGGAAAUGGAUGACCGUCCCGAUCUAGUAUCUAUAGGAUCUUGUGUGUUGCUUGCUCUACUUCACGGGAAAAACUUGUACUUGCUCAAUCUUGGUGAUAGUCGAGCGGUGUUGGCUACCUAUAAUAAGGGGAAUGAGGCGAGGGACAGUGAGGGGCUCCGAGCUGUCCAGCUCACCGAUAGUCAUACUGUCGACAACGAGGAUGAAAGAAUCCGAGUUCUGAAUGAGCAUCCCAAUGACCCUUCUACACUUGUGGCUGGAAAAGUAAAAGGAAAACUAAAGGUUACAAGGGCUUUUGGGGUUGGUUACUUGAAAAAGAAAGACAUGAAUGAUGCUUUGAUGGGUAUUCUUAGAGUCCGUGAUCUCAUAAGUCCUCCUUAUGUAUCUGUUGAACCUUCUGUCGUCGCACACGAAGUAUCAGACUCUGAUCACUUCGUUGUGCUCGGGAGUGAUGGCUUGUUCGACUUCUUCAGCAAUAAUGAAGUCGUGAAUCUUGUGCAUUUCUACAUGCUAAGGAACCCUUCUGGUGAUCCAGCAAAGUUCCUAGUCGAGCAGCUCGUUUCAAGAGCUGCAGAUUCAGCAGGUAUGCUGAUCUCAUGCUACUUGGCUUUAAUCAUGCUCCUUAGAAAGUCCCACUUUGACUUCAACAUUGGCUUUAAGGAAUGUGAACUAGUAAUAUAG